AUGUGUUCAAAAGAUCCAUCAGUGCUCCUAUGCUUGAACAAUGAAGAACUUGUAAUCCUUAGUUUUCUCUGUCAGCUUCUCAGACCAUUUGAAAAUGCCAUUAAAGAUGAAGCAGAAUUGUUUGUUAAUAAUAUUCAGGAAAAAAUUAUUUCAUAUAGAACAAAAUAUUCAACUGCUGUUGAAGCUAGUGAACUUUCUGAAGCUAUUAAAACUGUUAAAAUUAAUGAUAUUUCUGCAAAUAGUUUCUCAUUUUUUAAGAGAAAAAUAACAAAUAAGCAAAAAUGUCUAAAUACAAUUGAAGCUGAAUUAGAAUUAUAUGAGAUUGAGCCCCUUGAAGAAAUCUGA